AACUAAACAUUUGACCUCACACUUACAUCAGUCUUCUCUUACAAAACUGCAAAAGCGAUUAUGCUCACUGAGAGUGAAAUGACCAUCAAGUCACAUGCUGCACAGCGCUGCUUAUGAAAUCCACACUCCUGUACUUCAUAAUGAACAGUGGGCCUCUUGUGUGUGCAUUGAGUUGCUACACAGUCACGCUAAUCUUUAGACAACCUUUACUGGUUGCAGUUUUCAUGCUUAGUAGUCUUGAAUUUUGAUAGAUUUUGCGUAGUGGAAAUCAGUAUCACUAUCAAAUACAAUGACGUCAACCCUGAAGAGAAUAUACCACAUCACAACAUUUAGCUGGUAUGCUUUUGUUGUGAAGAGCCUCGCUGCUAAGGAUGGAGAGCAGUUACCACCUGGCAUCUUUGUGUAUGGGGGACCUUGGAAGUACCUCACUUUUUUGAAUCUAUUACUACAAAUGGGUUUUUUUGGACUGGCUGCAGUGAAUGAUCUCCAGUGUGGGAAAAACAGUGAAACGCCGCUAAACAGAUGUAAAGAUGUCCUUUUCUCAGUUUUUGCCUUCCCUGUGGGCAUGUUUGUUGUUCUGCUCUUCUGGACCAUCUUUGCCUAUGACAGAGAGUUAGUCUACCCGGCAACAAUUGACGCCUUCUUCCCACCUUGGAUAAACCACGCGAUGCAUACAUUGGUCCUUCCUAUUUUACUUGGAGAAGUUGUGGUGGAGCCACAUGUCUACCCACAAACAACACAUGCACUGGUUACUCUGGGUGUAGUGGGAUUGGUUUACCUAUUCUGGAUUCUUUGGGUGUACUUCUCAGUCGGGAUUUGGGUGUAUCCCCUACUUGGGCACUUCAGCAGUGUCGGUCUGGUGGUCUUUUUUUGUUUUAACAUGUCAGUGGUGACCUUGCUCUACCUUCUUGGACACAAACUCAACAGCCAUAUUUGGAAGAAAACCCUUAAUCCGCACUAACAGAUGAAAGUCACCUAGACUCAAUUACUUUUCAUUUGCAACAAAAAAAAACAAGUCAGUACAGUGACAGUGCUUUGCAAAUGUAAAAACUGUUCAUGCAAAAUACUUCUUGUCCCUUACAGAGACUGUUGUAAAACAAAUUGCUAAACAUCCGUCAGGGAUUUUGGACUUUUUGCACUGCAAAGCAGUUACCAUAAUCACAAAAUUGACAGAUCCACAGAUAUGCAAAUGUCAGCAUUGCUGUGUUAAACAUUACAAGAUGA